AUGCAACUCAACAUGGAUGCCAGGAACCAUUUCGUCAUGACGGCUCGAAUUGCGAUGCAGAAAGGGAAUUAUCAAGAAGCCUUGCGAUUUCUAUCCAUGGCUCUUAAUCAAAUACCUCCCUUCCUUGGCAAAGUUGCCGCUCCUCUUCUUGCUGAUCGAGCAGAGUGCUUUUGGCAGUUAGGUGAUGCUGGAAGAGCGGUGCAAGAGAUGAUGGAAGCCACAAAUGCUGGAUUACCUGCUUACGGCGAGAACUCAGAGGUAACUUUUGUAGUUUUACUGCACCAGCGUUGUUGCUUCUUUGAUUGA